AUGUCUAGAACGAUUGAAAUCUUUGGUGUACCAAAAACUAUGAGUGAAGAUAAAGUUCUAGCUAAGUUCUCUCGUUUUGGAGAGAUAAAACGUAUCACUACUAUUUCACAUUCAAAAGGUCACUAUUCAAUCGAAUUUGAAAAUUCAAAUCAAGCAAAAGAUGCUUGCGAGUACGAUUGCAUCCAAAUGGAUGUAUUGACCAUUAGAGUUUAUCUUAAAGUUCAUGAUAAAUUGAAGACAAUCAGCAAUUAUAGCUGGUCAUUAUUUUCCCUAAAACAGAUAUUAAUCAUAUUAUUAGUAGCAAUUAUAUCUUUCCUUACGCACAUUCCAAAUUUAGAAUUUCCUAACGAAGUUUGCUUUGAUGAAGUUCAUUUUGGAGGAUUUAUUACAGAUUAUAUUAAUAAAGUUAGGUUUUUUGAUAUACAUCCACCGCUUACCAAGCUUUUAUAUGCAAAAUACGCCAAAAUGGUCGGAUACAACGGAGAUUUCAACUUUUCUGCUGUUAAUGACGGUGAUCCAGCAACAUACACAUCAGAUUUUUACGUUAAACUCAGAUACUUACCAGCUACAUGCGGAAUGUUAGUUGCUCCUAUCCUUACUGCUUCAUGUAUUUUAAGAUUCCAAAAUUUACCAGUUUCUUUCAUGGUUGGUGUUUUGUUUGCUCUUGAUUUCACAUCGAUUACUCAGAGUAGGUUCAUAUUAACAGAUGCAAUUGUUUAUUUCUUUGUUUCAAUGACAAUUUUCUUUUCAUGUUUAUUAUAUCAUCGUGAAUCAUGGACAGUUAUAUUCUUCCAGAUCCUUUUCGGAUCUGCAGCAUUUUGUUCUAAGUUUGCUGCAGGAAGCUGCUUGAUUUUAGUUGGAUUUUCAAAUUUCAAUCUUUGUAUUCGAAGAAAGUUUGGAUUUGUUGCAUUAGUUAUUCGUGGAAUCUUUUGUGUAUCAGUAUUAAUUGCAAUGCUCUUCGGAACAAUCUAUUUACACCUUAAAUUAACUCCAAUUGUUGGAUUUGGUGAUCAAUAUGCUGCUCCAGAUUUCAGAAGCUUACCAAUGCUCAAACAAAUUAUAGAGAUGCUUAGACUGAUGUAUGUUUAUAACAGAGACCUUGAAUUUACUCAUCCAUAUUCAUCAAAGUGGUAUGAGUGGCCAAUAUUCGCAGCAACGCCAACUCUGAUAUAUAGUAAUUCCAUGUUUACCAGAAUUAUCUGUAUUUUCAACAAUCCCGUCUCUGCAUUUGUAUCUUGCGUUGGAGGAAUCCUCGCAGUCUUUGUUUGGAAGUACGAAUGGACACUUUCAUAUUUAUUCUCUUAUUUGCCGUUUAUUCUCGUCACAAGAGUAACUUGGACAUAUCAUUACGAAGUUGCUUUGAUGUUCGGAAUCUGUUGCUACGCGUUUGUGUUAGGAAAACUUAGUAAGCCAAUGAUGUAUUGUUUGACUUGUUUAACAAUUGUUUUGGCAAUUGCUGCAUUUGCUUACUACAUGCCAUGGUUGUAUGGGCUGCAACUUUCAUUAAAGCAAAUUGCACAAAGAACGAUUUGGACUAGAACAAGAAAACUUUGGGGAUUUGAAAAAUAA